AACUUGACAUACCAUCUUUGUCGGUGAAUUCGUCAAUCUUUGUAUUUGCAGUUUGCCCUGGUUUGCAGUCUUCCAUUAAUUAAUAGAAAGUGUUUUUGGCUACAACAUAUACUAUCUGAGACAAUAAGAUGGAAGUUAUCGUUGCCAAUGUUGAUCAUAUUAAAUUUGAUAUAGAUUACGCGUUAGAAGAGCAGUAUGGAGCGCUACCUCUACCUUUCCCGGGAAUGGACAAGUCCACCGCGGCUGUGUGCGAAUUCUUCAGUCAACCAGGAGGUUGCGGCAAUGGGCCUCAGUGUCCCUACAGACACGUUCGAGGAGAUCGUACGGUCGUUUGCAAACAUUGGUUGAGAGGUCUCUGUAAGAAAGGCGACCAAUGUGAAUUCCUCCACGAAUAUGACAUGUCCAAGAUGCCAGAAUGUUAUUUCUAUGCCAGAUUCAAUGCUUGCCACAAUAAAGAAUGCCCAUUCCUUCAUAUUGAUCCUGAGAGUAAAAUUAAGGAUUGCCCAUGGUAUGACAGAGGGUUCUGCCGCCAUGGUCCACACUGCAGACAUAGACAUGUGCGACGUGUUUUAUGCAUGAACUAUCUGGCUGGAUUCUGUCCUGAUGGCUCCACCUGCAAGUACAUGCACCCGAGGUUUGAGCUCCCAGCUCCUCCUGAACAAACAAAAGACGCUAAAAGACUGCCUGUGUGUCACUACUGCUCUGAAGUUGGCCACAAAGCUUCAUCCUGUAGUAAGAUACCAGCAGAGCAAAGAGAAGCAGCUCUAAGACAAGAGGAAGCAAGAUACCGUGCAUUAGGCUAUAUUAAACCAGCCAAUGAGAGUGAAGGAAAUGAAAUGAAUAAUCAAAGGAUGCAGAGAAUAGUUCACAAGCCCCUGGAAGAAGUUACCUGCUUCAAAUGUGGCACUAAGGGACAUUAUGCCAACAAAUGCCCAAAGGGCCACCUAGCAUUCUUGUCCAGUCAAGCCAACCAGAACCAAAAUGCAAACACUUUUAAAAAACCUAACUAGUAUAAAUUUGUGAAGCCCUCGCGGAGGCUUCAGUGAUGAACUAUUGAUAUUUUAGAAAUGUGAAAUGUUUAUGUAUACAGUGACACAAGUGACACAAAUUUUAGUAAAACCGGCUGAAGAAAGCAAUACCAAAAACUUUUAAAUUCAUUUGACUUUGUUAAUGCUCAUACUUAUGUGUAAAAUAAUCAGGAAUAGCUGGCCCUGUCUCUGUUGUUGUAUUGUAACUUUAAUUUAUAAGUUUUAUAGAUAGUAGUUAUUUGCCCAUCUGUGUAUACUGUAUGUAUGCUGUAAAACUGGGUGAAUAGAUAUUGGGAAAUUGUUCUAGUAUCUAUUCACAUCCUUACUGUAUCUAUUCACCCUGUUUUACUUUAACUAUAUUCAUACCUACUCCUUUAGGGUGAAAUCAGGUGUGAUAUAAACUAUGAGUGUGUAUAAUAUUUUUAUAUACCUAGCAAUAAAAUUUAAAAUGUACAUAUAAAUGAAGUCUGGAACAGUGCUUUAAGUUGAAAGAAGUAUAAGUUUUGACAUUGUCUCCAUUAAAUAUUUUUAAAUAGCAUGGUAUAUAAUAAGUGUAUCUUAAUUUUUAUUUACUGAUCUAAACUAUGAACAGUAAAUAAUGCAUGUAAGUGCAUGGAUUGUAAAAAAUAUAUAUGUAUAAGACUACUGUAAUAUACAAAUAGAAGUAGAAUUCAGUUGCAUGAAAAACAUAAUAUUCUAAAUAACAUAAUAUUACAAUAUGAAUUAAUUUUCUGCCAGUUCUCUUGGUUUCCAUCUCUGAGGUCUAGCAAGUUCCGACUGAUUUAUGUUAUUAUGUGAACACAAGAUUAGUGGUGUAGUUUCCACUGAACAUCUUAUAUAGGAAAACAUUUGAUGUGUAUGAAAUAGGUUUACUGUGCUAAACAUAGUCCUCCCGCAAUGACUUCCAGAAUUGCCAGUUAGAAAGAAUCUACCUACUACCUAGUUAUAAUACUAUCAAUAUAAUAUGAUUUAUUUGAAAUAAAUUGUAUUCCUAUAU